AUGGCGGGGAUUAUUAAAAAGCAAAUAUUGAAGCAUUUGUCCAGGUUUACUAAAAACCUGUCCCCAGAUAAGAUCAACCUGAGCACUCUGAAGGGGGAGGGGCAGCUCUCGAACCUGGAGCUGGAUGAGGAGGUUUUACAGAACAUGCUGGACCUCCCCACCUGGCUCGCCGUCACCCGGGUCUACUGCAACAAGGCCGCCAUCCGGAUUCAGUGGACUAAACUGAAGACCAGUCCCAUCUGUCUGUUCCUGGAUAAGGUGGAGGUGGAAAUGCGUACCUGUGAAGAACCCCGUCCUCCUAACGGCCCCUCCCCUAUCGCUAUUACUGCAGGUCAAAGUGAAUACGGGUUUGCUGAGAAAGUGGUGGAGGGAAUGUCCGUCAUCAUUAAUUCGAUCACUAUAAAAGUCCAGUCUCGGGCCUUCCACGCCUCCUUUGAGCUGUGGCAACUGCAGGGGAACAGCCUAAACCCCAAAUGGCAACGAAGCGACCUGCGCUAUACCCGCAUCACUCACCCUAAACGAGGAGAGGUCCUGACGUUUAAGGAGAUAAACUGGCAGAGUUUGAGAAUUGAAGCAGAUGCUAUAGAGAGUGAAGAUCAGGAUCUGGGUAACACUCCUCUACGACUCAUCACCAACCAGGGGCGCAUUCGCAUCGCUCUCAAGCGCAGGAUUAAGGACUGUAAUGUUCUGGCGUCUAAACUGAUGUUCAUCUUGGAUGACCUGCUGUGGGUACUGACAGACUCCCAGCUGAAAGCAGUAAUCCAUUACGCCAAGUCUCUGAGUGAAGCCAUGGAGAAAUCAGCCCAGCAGAGGAAGGCUAUGGCUGCAGAGUCCCUACAGACAGCACCUCCAUCUCCUGGGUUCCAGUCUCUAUUUACAGAGCCCUCUCCUGCUCCUGCUGGCACCCCCAGUACUUUGGGUCAGUACUUUGACCUGCAUGAUGUGAAAGAGUCAUCCUACCACACCUUCAUCUCCAGACUGGACCUCCACAUUUGUAAUGACAGCUCCUCAGCUGAUCCAGAUGAGCCUCCACUGCCGGGUUCCCAGGGGGCAAUGCAGUUAACCUUCCGUAAACUGGGCUUUGACUACUACCCCUUCCACAGGCCAGGUGAUGGGUGUCGUCACUGGGAGAGGCACUGUGGAGCGAUGGAAGCCCAUGCUCAGUGGGCUGCCAGGCUGCUGCAUGACUUCCAGAGACGAAUGGAGAAUUCUGAGAUUCCUGGACCUCACUCUCAACCUUCUCCAUCUGCCAAAGAUUCACCUGCCAGAAAAGUCCAGGGCGAUGGAGAGGCCAAGCCCAGCCCUGAGCGGAGUCAGUCUUCCUCUUCUUCCUCUCGCCGGAGUUCAGCUGUCCCUCCCACAGGGACCCCACUGAAAACCCUUCGCUCCAGCUGCAUGGUGGUCCGCAUGGACGACCUGAAUAUACACCAGGUGUCCACCAGGGGGCGGCACAGUAAGAAGACCCAGUCUCUGCUCUCUUGUAACCGCAAAGCCUUGCACUUGCCAGAUAACACCCCAGCCAUACACCUUCAAUUCACUGAGUACUACUUCCCUGACAACCCGGGUCUGCCAGUGCCAUGUUCUAACCUGUAUGCCCAGGUGAAUGGGCUGCAGUUGUGUUUAGACCCAAUCAGUCUCGUUUGGAUGAGUCUGUUUGGUCGCGGGCUGCACCGAACACUGGACCAAGUCAAAGCCUUCUACCACCUGCAGGACAGCAGUAAGAGCGAUGAACACAUCGAUAUCCGAUUGGAUGCGGCACAGCUGAGGCUGAUAAUUCCUCUGGAGUCAUCAAUUCUGGACCACCCAGACCGUCCUCAGUCUCUGAGUAUAACUGUUCCCCAGUCAGUGCUCAGUAACACUCGUCACUGCCCUCACGGCUCCCGCGCUGACCUGGGCACAACCUACGGCAGCUUCUCUUCUCGCUCUUUCUUCCAACCCGAGUCGCCACGCUGUUUUCCUGGAGACCAGAACAACUUCCACCCCCUUCCCUCCGUCUUUCUCAAGCACUCUCUCGAGACGGAACCCCAGCCGCUCCUGGACAAGCGUCCGCAUCGAUUACAGGACAUCUGGUUGCUCAGUCUAUCCCGAGCGGCUCUGGGCUUCGAGGGUGCUCGUCGUGGGCCCAGGGGGAAAGCCCUGCCUUUUGUGGAACCUUUUGCCAUGUCGGUGUGGAUGUGUCGGCCAGCUGCCUUCGUCCGUGGCUGUGUUCCCUCCCCCUCAGAACAAACCCUUAAAGAUCCGUCCGACCCCGGUCAAGCACUGCAGUACGAGAUCACCGCUCCCAAUUUCCCCAGCGAAGGAGAUCAGAUGGAGAGCCAGACAGGGCCUCCCAAUGCCUCCAUUCACAUCAUCGCCCAGUCUAUCUCUCCAGUCAAAGUGUGGCUUAACCAUUACCAGUAUGUGGCCCUGCUGAGGAUGAAGGACAGCCUGACGCGUCUUGCGGCUGACCUUGGCCUUGGUGGUGGUGGUGGUGGCGGUGGGGGGCAGGUUGCGGCAGAACCCCCGUCGGUGUGUGUGGCAGUUCUCAUGGACGUGGUAGAACUGGGCUUGCUGAUGCCACCAGCGAUUGGAGAACCAGAAGAGGAGGCUCUGGCCCCUGAGGAGACCGACAGCCCCAGUUUAACAGAUUCAGAACUCUCUCCCUCCCAUCGCAGUGCCGAGCCCGGCCCGCUGGAGGAUAGCGGGAUCGGCGGGAACGGGGCGGUGAGCGUGGAAAGGAGCGAAGGGGACGGAGAUGAGGAGGAAUGUGUUGAAGAGGCUUGCGAAGCCUUGGAGGAAGGUCUGGAUGGACAGAUCGGUCUGGAAGAUGAAUCCCAGGUCACAGCCUCUGCCCUUUCACCUCCAACUUCCCCAGGCCACCUCCCUGUGAUUUCUAGAGAUGCAUCCACCUUCAGCCUGGAGGGAGAGCUGUCUAAUGCCCUUAACGCGACUAAAGAUGUUACCAAAGAUGCGCUGAACGCCUCUCUGGAGGUCACUAAAGGGGCACUGUCAAUCACUAAAGAUGCCUUCAGCAUCCUCAGCAGAGGGUCAGCCAUGAGCAAACUCUUCAGUGGCCAGGCCAAGGAUCCGAGCUCUCGUCCGGAGGAAGCCAGUCCGUCACUGGUGGGGGGUUUGCGACUGCAGCCCAUGAAACAGUCACCUUCCCAGAAUUCCUAUGACAGUGCAGUCUUAGAGGGUAGUGUGGCAGACGACCGGCUUUCCGUGGACAGUGACACCAGCGAAAACUUUGUCAUCCUCAUGGACUCUGACACGGGUGUAGAGUCUUUGCGUCCCAAUGGCACGCCCGUUCACACGAGCAGUCGAGAAAGUCCCGCCCCAGGCACCGAGUCGUCUGCUGACCUGAGCAGUUCACUGUCUCAGAGCACUGAGGACAUCUCACAGGACACAGCCUCUGUGUUGAUGCUGUGUUUGAGUGGAGUGGGCACUGUGACGGAGGUGCGAGGGGAGGAUGUAGUUGUAGCUGUGGAGGUCCAAGAGCUGGUGACCAAACAACUCGGCAACCAGAGAAUCAGUGAGCUCCUACUGGGCCUCACUGCAGCACCAGGCCUCCCCUCCUCACAAAGUGGCCCUGUGUCUCCUGGGCCAGGGCAGGCUGUGCUGCAGCGCCCCCCGGUGAUGUGUAUGAGGAUGGAGCUGGGUCCGUGUGCGGGCCGUCACGCUCCGGUCUGUGAGACUGUUGGCUUUCUGGAGCUGCAUAUGAAUGGCUGUGGGGCGGAGCUGCUGACCUCUACGCUGGCUACGAUUGGACCUUUCCUGGAAGACGAGCUCACUGCUGACAUUCAGCCAAUGAGAAUCCGAGUGGAUGACACUGAAAUCACUCUGAGGGAUGACGGACCCCGUGUGUACCCCACUGCCCCCCAGCCCGUUCCAGUAGUGUUUCAUCUGAACAGAGUGGUGCUGGAGCGCUCUGAUGAUGGAGCAUUCACUUUAAGAGCUUGCCCCCGGCAGUCAGAGGAAGAAAGCACAACUAGCACUGAUACAUGUCGGGAUAAAUGUGACAAACCUACGCCAGAGCAGAGCAAGGCGCAGUCCCUGGAAGCUCAGCUCACUGACGUGCAAUCAGCCCUGACUCAAGCCCUAUCUGACCGAGAGCGCCUCCUGCUGGAGCUCAGGAAAUAUGACCCCAACUUCAACCUGUGACCUCUGAUCUGUGCCAAGAGAAGUUUCAGAGGUGAAACUAGCGCCGGUGAAGGGGCUUGAGGGAGGCAGAAGAGCUCUGUUAGUUUAUACUGAGGUCAAAAUGGC